AUUGUAGGAACAACAUUCGAAGGUCCUUUAUUUUCCCCUCAUUCCUGAUCAAUGAAUGUGAGUGAUGAUGUAGCAUCCAAUCAAGAAAUCCAGGGCUGAAUCCUUAAUGGCGGCCGUAUACACAUCGACAUAAUAAGAGGAGUAUAAGGGGGGUUAGGCAAAUCUGUGCUCAAUUCAAUAGUGUUUAUCUGCUCUGGCUGGUGGCUUGGUUUUAACAUUUUGGUUAGUUUGGUAGCCGCCGACUCGCGCGCACACCUCAGCACCACCAUCAAACCGAAAACAAGAAAGAGAGACAAUUACUGCUGUCGUCGAAAUUGGUUGGUUCUUUCAUUACACAUUCAUUUUCAUUACUCGUGCAUUGAAAGUUUGAUCUGUGUUUGAUGAAUUGUUUACAAAGACCGAUUAUUGCAUAAUUCUUGGAUCAUAUUCCAAUAAUCAAGGUUUCUUUGUUGUUGAUUAGCAAGACUAUUUUCAUUGAUUUAUGGCUAAAUUAUAGAUCAUUACGCAAAUGAAGAAUAAAAAAAUUUUUAACGACUAUUAAAUGCAACGUGAAUCACUCGAUCACAUCUACGAAAAGGCUAUCAUCAUCCACAUUGAUUUGGCCGAUUCGAUUUUGAUUUUAAAACGAAUCAAAAUUAAUAUUAAAAAAAAUUAACGUAUGGCAGCUACACCAUUAGCGUCUUCCGCUAUAACGCCAUCCAUUGUUGUUACAACUACACCGAUGUCAGAUCUUAUGGCCAGACAAACGAAUGGUACAACUACAAUCAAUGUACAUGGAAAUGAGAAUCUAAUGAGCAUCACUAAUAUUACCAAUGAAACUCAUGAUGAUCAUUUAUAUUUAUCACCAAAAUUUUAUAAUGAACAACAACAACAACAUAAUUCGAAAACUAAAAGAUCCAAACAGCAUUUGCAAAAUGAAAAUAACCAAACUCGUUAUAAAUCAAAUGGAAUAGCGAUGAAUAAUGUUAAACUAGAAACGGAAUUCAUUGUCGAUACAACACGGCCUUCAUUUUUGAUCACAGGUAGUUCUAGUUCUCGACAUUCUCAUUCUCAUCAUGGUAAUGGCCAUCAUCAUGGAAAUAAUCAGAUUUUUCUCAAACAACAUCAAAAUACAUUGAACAAUAAUCAUAAUGCAUUGCAAUCAUCAGAUGAUGCAUCCAGUACAUUUAUCGAUGAUGAUUACAUUGAUGAAGAUUCCAAUACGGAUACUCAAAGUUGUUCUAGUUCUUCAGGAUGCUCUAGCAGUUCAAAUUCGAUGGUUGGUUCUGUUAAUCGACAUCUAUCAUUAAAUAAUUAUCAAAAUUCAAUUAAACAACAAUUGACGGCAACAACGACAAUCGGUUAUCAAAAUAUUCUAAAACAACAUCAAUCAAAUGGUUCAACAAAUACCAAUAAUAACAUUUGCCAUUAUACUAAAGAUUUAACGCCCAAACAGGUGAAAAGAAGAUUAGAUUGGGAUUCACCCCCCACAUCUGCAUCGCCACCCGAAUCAUCCAAUGCAAUCAAUGGUAAUCCUGUAGCAACAACUACGACAAUUACAGUGGCCAAAACAACAAUGACAGCAGUAAAUGGAAAACCCGUCAGUGUUCGUACGUUUAAAUUGUCGAAUGCAAUGAAACAAAGCCUGGUGGCAUCCGGCUGUUCGAAAGCUGUUGCCGUUGCUGCUGUAGCUGCUGCUUUUCAUACAAAUGCAAAUGGUGGUAGUGCUAAUCAACAACAAUCACAGCAUCAUUCACCCGAUCGAUUAAUAUCGGCAACAGCUGCUGGUUGUGGUUCUGACACCGGUAUUUGUCCCGUUACAGCAGCAAUCACACCUGCCAUCGUUGGUGGUUCGUCAUCCGUUGUGGCCCCGACAGCUGUACAGUUUGUAGCUAACAUUUCCGAACUAUCGCAAGCAUCACCAACCAUUGCCAUUGUGAAUCCAAACAAUACACCACUUGUACAGCUUGGUGGCCAUCAAACAGCUACCGCUACGGAUUCUGUACAGGCCCAAAACGGAAUAUUCAAAACACCAUUAGCACCAAACAAAUCGAUUACGGCUCUUACUCCUUCUUCCUCUGCUCCGUCUUCAUCCAAUGGUCAUUCACAGUCUCAGCAAAAUUCUGUUCAUCGUUUUUACAUUGUAAACAAUGAUGGUAUGACUGGCGGUGAGUCCGACAUGAAAACUCAUUGUUUAAAUAUCAAAUCAAAAAAUUCAACUUCAAAAAUUCAAUUGACGCCAAUAUUGGCAAAUUCAGUAGUCAAACAACAACAGUCAUCAGAGAAUCAGCGAUCAAACAAACGUGCUCGAACCACAACACCAUUAGUGAAAAAAGAAGAAUCUAAUUUUGAAGAUUCUGCGACCAAUAGCAAUUUGCCACGUGUAAACUAUAUUCGUAUACGGCCUUCAAAUGGGUCAAUGAAUGGCACCAAUAAUGGAAAAUCUAAUGGUGCCAUUCGAACUAUAUCGAAUUCUUCGGAAUCUUCAUUGCCAUAUUCACAAUCUAAAGAUUUUUCUUCAUCUCCAAUUGUAAUGAAUGAAGAUGGUGAUGAUUGUGGGUCGAAUGGUGGAGAUUUGUUUAUUAAUACAUCCUCAGGAUCCACUAACGGAUAUUAUGGCAAUGGUGGUUUGCCAAGUACGUCAUCUUUAUCAUCUUCAUAUCCAUAUAGUCCAUCGUCAUCAUCAUCAAGUGAUUUUGCCACCACCACCACCUCUCAUCAUCAACAACAUACAAAUACAUCUAAUUCAACUGGUCGUAAAUCUGGACGUACACGCUAUGAAACUUCAUUAGGUCAAUUGACCCGUAAAUUUAUCUCAUUAUUGGAAGAUUCGUCAGACGGUUCGAUCAAUUUGAACGAUGCUUCCCAAGUCCUACAAGUACAAAAACGUCGAAUCUAUGAUAUAACAAAUGUGCUUGAAGGCGUUGGCCUAUUGCACAAAACAUCCAAAAAUAAUAUUCAAUGGCGAGGCGGUAUUAUCGAUUAUUUUUCGGGUCGUAAUCCGGCUGAUUUUAGUGAUCAAACCUCCCAUUAUCGCAAUCGUAGGCCACCGCCUUUAUCGUUAUUAUUCAAUGAAAAUAGCAAUGAUUCUAAUAGUGGUGGUGGUUUUCAUAAUGGUUGUUCAUCGUCUUCCCAAUCAUCAUCGAUUGAUCACAGAUUAAGUGAACUCGAAAACGAUGAAAAUCGUUUAGAUCAUCUUUUAAGUGUUGCUCUCGAAAAUCUCAAUACAGUUAAGCGUAGUCCCUAUCUUUAUGCGAGCUAUAAAGAUUUACGUCGAGUUCCCCAAUUCCACGAUCAAACUGUGAUAGGAAUUCGUCCGCCUCCCGAUACCGAACUUCAAAUUUCUGAUCCUUCAGAGGGCUUACAAAUUCGGUUAAGAAAUUCUCGAUGUCAAAUGAUCGAAGUCUAUCUUUGUCCGCCUACUAAUGAUGAUGAAACCAGUAUUGUCGACCCGACAAUGGCCAAUUAUGAGUUCCAAUCAUCACAUCUCGACGAACCAUUGCAGACAGUGCCUACGCUGGCCAGACGUUCCUCUUCCUCUCCCACAGUCAACGAAAUCAUUCCGAUUGAUUCCGAGGAAUUAGUUACUGAGACAGCUACUAGCCAAGCAGCUUGUCAUUCAGAUAUUCAAAGUCAUGCGAAUACCGAAUCUGGUUAUCAUUCAUAUUACGGUAGUGGUUCAAUUCAGACUCCUGUACGGACAACGAUGGCCAACCCUAAUAAAAUGAUAAACACUAUGGGCAAUGGAAGUAUCCCUAAAAGUCAUCAGUCACAACAACACGUAAUUCAAUCGCCUACUAAAUGUUCUUCAGUAUACAACGUCAAUGAUAGCCCGAUUAUUGUCAAAAGCGAACCAUCAUCUUGCCAUGAUAGUUACGCACAUGCAUUCAUUUGUCAUGAUGAUGAAUUUGGUCCAUUAGGAUCUCGGACUUAUAUGACACAGACUGAAGAUCAAAUAACAUUAAAGUCUUCCUCAUCGUCGCCGAUAUCAAGGCAGAACGAACAAAGUGGCAACAGUUCUGCAACGCCAAAUAAUCAUGAUCAUAGCUCUAAUAAUAAUAAUAAUAAUAAUAAUCAAACUCAUCGAUCCAGUCAUCAUCAUAGCCAAUAUCAUCAUUCACCAUUAUCACAUUGUCAUUCAUCACCCAUAGCAAUGAUUCCAUUAGAGCCACCUGUAACAACCGAUACCGAUGAUUAUAAUUUUACCCUUUGUGACAAUGAAGGCAUCGCUGAACUAUUUGAUGAUAAUGAUUUUUCUCUAGACAUUUAAAUGAAAAGCUCACAUGUUUGUGUUUGUCUUUUUGUGUGUAUGUGUUCAUGUUAAUGUGAUGGAUAAAUCAUUGGUAUCAUCAUAAGAGAUUACUUUAAUGUUACCGAUUGGUCAUCUGAAAACAAUCUUAUUUUUAAUGAUGAUGAUGAUAUAUAUGAUCGACAUAAACAAACGAAGAGACAAAAAAAUUAUUGAAUAUUAUCCGCCGAAAAAAUGGUAUCACAUUUUAAUCAUGUAUCUUAUUCACACUCAAAUCCCCAUUGAUACGCCUCAUCAAAUCUAAUUUUUCAUCAAAGAAAAAAUAAUUCUCCAAAAAAUCGAAACUAAACCCUCAACUUAACUUUCAUUUUCAUUUAUAUAUCCGUUUUAAUUCUGUUUUAUAAACAUUUUCUUUCUUUAUUCAGAAGAAAAUUCUCUUAUCAACGAUAAAUUACCAACCAAAAUGUUUGAUGUUUUUAAAUCGUCCCACACUCAUACAAAAACCCUAAUCAAUAUUUUAGCUUCACACCUCUUUUUUGUUAAUUUGAUAGAAUUUUUUUUUCUUUUCUUUUAAAAUGUUGUUUGGAUUCUAUUCAUUAUUAUUCAUCCAUUCACGCUCUUGCUUUUGACUUUGUUUUUUCUUUCGGUCGUUUUAUCUGAGCAUUCUGAAGAUUUUGACUAUUCAGGCUAUAUUCAAACAAAUUUGCACAUCCUUAUCUUGAUUCUUCAUGAUCUGAUUUAUUAUUCAAACAAAUCCAUAUUUAUGGACAUUUUUUUGUUGUAAUUGAUUCAAUACAGCAAAAAAUAA